GUUUUUCAGCAGAAACAGCACUUUAUUUUUUUUUACAAAACCACAAAGUAUGGAAAACGGAAACGACACACUUUCUCAGUGGAUUAAGGAACUUUUUAACCUAACGACUAAAGCUCCAAAUGAAGGCCAAGAAAAGACACAUGUGCCACGCACUAUGAGCAAGACUUUGGGACCCUGCCCUGACACCCCUCCAAAUCUUGUGGGUCCACUCUAUGUGGAGUUUGAUUCCACACGGACUUUGGACAAUGUGAGAAAGGAGGUCGGAUCUCGUCUUCAGGAAGGCGGACAGCACAAACCACCAGACUGUAUUGCUCAACAGAAGGUGGUGAUCAUCAUCCCAUUCAGAAAUCGGCAUGAGCACCUUAAGCACUGGCUGUAUUACCUCCAUCCUAUUUUGAUUCGACAGCAGUCGGACUACAGAGUGUAUGUCAUCAACCAGGAUGGAGAGGGAGUGUUCAACCGGGCCAAACUGAUGAACGCAGGCUACGCUGAAGCACUGAAGGAAUAUGAUUUUGACUGCUUUGUCUUCUCUGACGUAGAUCUGGUUCCUAUGGAUGACCGUAACCUCUACAGAUGUUUUGACAGUCCUCGACACUUGGCUGUGGCUAUGGACAAAUUCAACUUCCACUUACCCUAUGACCACUACUUUGGUGGGGUUAUUGCAUUGUCCAAGGAGCAGUUCUUGAAGAUUAAUGGCUUCCCGAACACUUACUGGGGCUGGGGUGGUGAGGACGACGAUAUGUAUAAGCGAAUUAUCUACAGUGGAAUGUCCAUUUCUCGACCUGACUUGGUGACAGGAAAGUACAGGAUGGUCAAACAUAAGAAAGACUUGCACAAUGAAGCUAACCCAAAGAAUCCUGAAAAACUGCACCAAACCCAUUUGACCAUGAAUGAAGAUGGGAUUAAUUCCUUAAAGUACACAGUCAAGGAGAUUGUGAGGGAUAAACUGUACACUUAUAUCACUGUGGAUAUUCAUGCUCCACCAAGCUGAAUGAGGAUCGAACCUGUGGAUCUGCUGUCUCAAACAAAUGGAGGUGAAACUGACGUGCUUUUAUGUCUUAACAUCUCUGGGGAUCAAGUUCCUUUGUCUAUUAUCGUUGAUUUUUUUUUUUUUUUUAGAACACUGAAUAUCAUAUGACAAAAAACACUACUGUACACCCUAGUUUUUGUAUAUUGUUUCUCAUUUACACAAUUAUUCUAAAUGUCAUGAUUCUGUGUGAAGACAUUGGUCCCAACUGUAUAAUGCAGUAACAACUUAUUUGUUUUGUUCAGUGAUGCAGUGGCUGAUGUUUCCUUUUCUUAUUUUAAGAUAUUUACUGCUUUAAGUUAUUUGUGUUUUUUUUGUUUUGUUUUCUAACUGUGUUUCAGAAAAUCAAGAAGGGCUGAAAUAAAAUGCAUGGCCACUAUGGUCCAACACUGAGGUUGAGGUAGAUUUAUGGUGAGCACACUGGGAAUGAGUUACAAACUACCAACACAUUCUCACUCCGACCUCGUCACAUAUUGCCGUUUUGGCCAUGAACUUUCCACAUCCAGAUACGACGUGCAAAGUACCCUGGGUGUGUUGGUUGUUGACAUUCUGCCUGUUACAUGCAUUGUCUACUUUCAAAAUACACUUCCACUUUCACAGGAAGUUAACUAUUUACAUACAGUCUCUUUCAAAAUAAAUGUCCUACGUCAGUACAACACAUGGAUUGACCUUUCCC